AUGCUACUGGACCGGAUCAAAAGCUCGUCAGUUGAGUUUAUGUUGAAUCCAGAGUACGAAGAGUUCAACGAGUUGGCCUGGUCAGCGCAGCGAGCAGCUAAGAAAGGGUAUCUGGCUGAUGUUCCGGAUGUACUGUACCACAAUGAUGCUGAGCUCCAGAAGUCAGCAGUGUUUUUUGAGAACCCGAUGCAGCCAUCGGUGGAUUCAAGCGCGUUUUUGUAG